AUUCUCCAUUUCCCAGCCUCAUGCUCUCGUACUUCUCCUCCCAUCUUUUCAUUUCUCACAAAGCAAAAGCAGUUCACUACCCACAGCAAACUCUUGUUUCACUAUCCCUAAAGUAAAUUCUCAUUUUACCUUUAGUAAAAAUGGCGAGUUUACCUUCAUCAUUACGAGAUAAUCAACAUUUAAUGAUUAUACCGCCUUCCACUGUUGUGGUGGCAAGAGGAUCGGAUGCCAGUGGGUCUCGAAAUAUAGCACCUAACCCACUGGGUUUUAAUGUCUGCCCUUGGGAGGUGAUGUAUCCUCUUGGUCGAGUGCCUCCGGAGUACCCAGUAGGUGGCCUGGGACGUGGUUUUACACAAAGUGAAAAAAGGUUACGAGAACUGUUGGUUUCGUAUGGUAUGCCUCAUCACUGGAGUUAUGCCAUACCCAACAGACUUGUUUCGGCUCAUGAUCGGCUUCUCCGGGAGAGACCCAUUGAUAUAAGUACUCCUGGGGCUCGAGCAAGCUUGUUUCUUGCUGUUUAUGGUAAAGAUUACUCGCACUUUCAGAGGUGUAUGAGGAAUAGAGAAGUGCCAGCAGUGCCUCACUCGUAUGUCGGGGUGCCAAUUCGUGAGAGACCAGAUAAUCCCUCGCGUGGACGGUCGAGAGUUCGUCAUGACCAGUUGAAGAGAACUCGUUCCUGGGUGAGAGGAUCAGGAGAUUCCCCUACUGGGAAGGGUCGCUCUGAGGGGAGAGCCAGAGAUGCUAAAGGAAAAACCCCAGUGGGCGGUAGGGGAACCCUGAAGCAUCAGGGGGAGUCUUCAAGAGCCAACAAAGGUGGAAUUUUGGCUGGUGGUGUCAUAACGUAUGACAGUUUGUGCGAUGCGGGGAAACACUAUCCCGUUUUGGAAGAUGUAGCCACAGGAUCAACUUUUGCUUCUUCUGUUUCAAAGCUGGCAAGGUACGCUGUUGCCAUGGAGUGUCGCCUAGCUAUGGCAGAGCUUCGGGUUACUGAGGCUCGAGAGGAGGCAACUCGUUCUUUGGAAGAAAUGAGAAUCCAAAUGAAGACAAGAGAGGAGCAAUUUUCUUCCAAAUCUUGUGAAUGGAAUGCAGACAUGGUGGAGGCUCAACAACGUGUUGAGGUAGCCACACAGGAGCUGCGUACCUCAGAAGCAGCCGAGGCUGGCCUUCGCGAAAAAGUUGAGCAGCUUCACGCCAGUAUGCGUGAGGAGAGGCUAAUCAGGAGGUCUUUACGGUCGGAGAAUACUGGUUUACACUCAGAAAACACCACCCUUCGAUCAGAGAAUAAUACUCUACGUCAUCAGUUACAGAUGGCGGUUUCGGGAGUGAUGGAAAAUAUCCAUUGCCUGGCCAGAAGGGCAAUUUAUUGUAUGUAUCCUGCAAGAGAUAUUGAUGACACCCGCCUUCGUCAAGUGGUGGAAGAAUGUGCGACUACUUUGGAACCUGAGGAGGUGACAUCCCAAAAUAUGAAUGUCGUGGAGGAAUGCGCUGGUGCUCCUCAGUCUGGGGAAGCAGCAAGCCAAAUUUCGAAUUUGGAGAUUGAGUUCCAUCGCAUCUCGCCACUUUUAGAUGCUGUUUCUGAAGCAAGUCCAAUGGUUGGCACCCCAGUGCAUUCAGACUUUAAUAUCUCGACGGCAAUGUUGUUGGCUGCAACCGAGUUACUCGGCCCAGAGUUUUUUGAGAACUAAAGUUUAUGAAAUUCCCACUUGAAAUAACAUUGUAAAAUAUUAUGUAAGAUACUCGGUCAUGUGUAUAGCUUAGCUUAUAAACACCUGUAGUAGGU